ACAAAUGUAAUGAGAGAUUUUCCAUGUCUCUGAUAAGAAGAGUUAGCUCAAUCCUAACCUACAAGAAGAUAAUUACCCUUCCAUGUCCUCAACAGACUAAUAACUACGAUUGCGGUGUUUUUGCAAUGUAUUUUUUGGAAGAAGUAUUUAAAUAUAGGAAAAUGUGUAGUUCAACCUGUCUCGAGGAUGGUCUCUCUCUUAAUACAAACUUUGAUGCUACGGUAUAUAGGUGGAAGAUUCUGUGUAAAGUUUGUAAUUUUCUAAAACCCAAGUCUUGUGAUUUGUUAGUCUCUAAUGAUUCUCCAUGCAGUAAGAACAUAUCAUAUCCUAGCUCUAAACAGAUAACGAUUUCCAAGACUAGUGAUAUUUCUCUGGGAACUAAACUUAAAAAGUCAGCUAGCAUGAAACCAUUAAAAAACGUAGUCAGAAUCUUUGGCGACAGUCAUGGUCGUGAUUCAGUAGAUAAUUUGAAUAGAUCUGAACUUGAAAAGACAACUAGUGGUUUUAUCAUGCCAAGUGCCAAAUUCAACCCCAUAGUAAAUAAUAUUAAGAGUGGUACUAGAGAUCUAUCCAAUAAUGAUCAUGUGGUCAUUGUUGGAGGAGCAAAUGAUGUAUACUGUAAUCAAGCUGGUAGUUUUCUAAAAAGCAUGCUUUCUCUACUUCAGGUGCUAAAUUUUACAAAUGUAUUAAUUUCUACAAUACCAAUAAGAUAUGAUUUACCGGAGUGGUCAUGUGUUAACGAAGAGAUUAGAAAAACUAACAGUAGAAUAAAACAGUAUCGUGGAAGGAUGCAAAAUGUUAAGGUAAUAGAUCUUACUGAUCUUAAAAGAGAGCAUUUUACUAGGCAUGGGCUACACCUGAACUGGAGAGGCAAGAAGAGGAUGACUGAUAAAAUCAAAACAAUAUUAGAUGAAAAGGGUAAUAAUACAGUUAUCGAGCUUCAAUAUGACCUGAGUCAUCGGGGAAACUAAUUAGUGGUCCUGUUCAUAUAGGUAGAAACACAACGAUCCUAGAAUAUACUGGAAAACAGGACCGUAGCUCUGAUUUGAAGGUUUGCGCUC